AACAUGCGCAUCACGCCUAGCAGCAGACGUAAACAAGAUCAAUCGUCUGCUUCCGUUCCUCUUGUUCGCAUGGUUUGGCAAAGCUUGGUUGGAGUGAGAUUGUUUCAUUAAAUUUGAGCAGAAAUAGCCCUCAAACGGUACACGUUCAGAUACGAAGCCAAACAACUAAAAUCAAGUUCCUGAAAUCUGCAAAAUGACUUCAGCAAAUCCGGCUACCCCACUGACGAGAGCGGAGUUUAAGAAUGCCUGCACCAGCGUUUUGCAGGGGCUCGAUUGCUUGGCUAGACAGCGGGCUUUGAUAGAUGACAAUCUGGCCGAGGGAUUACAGGAGCUUGGUCGGGUUGUCAGCACACUGCAGCCUGAGAUCGACAACAAUAAGGAGUACUAUGUGGAUGGUCCUCUUGUAAGAUUUUUGACAGCACACAUCUCUAAAGCUAAAGCUGUGAUUCAGGAAAUCAAGCGCACCUGUAGUGAGAGAAGUGCCAACUACCAUGGCGUCGAGUACUGCAAGGAUCAUAGUGCACAGCACCUUCAAGAAAUCCUGGCAGUGUUAAAUGAACUGAAUGAUUUCUAUAAGCACACAGUCUUCCGUCAAGACACGCAAUUUGUGGACAACCGAGUCGCGCGUAAGAUGACUCCCAGCCAAACUCGCUCGGCCAAUUCAAGAGUCACAUUUGCUGACCAGCAGCCUGGCAGUGGAACCAGACAAACACCCAAUAACACAGCCGCCUCAACAGCGGCCUCAUCGGACAGAUACACAGGCCGCACAGGCCUGGCCUCCCCCUCGCUGGAUCAGCCUGUCCAAGUCUGGACGGCAGGGAGCGUAGGCAAGACGGCUGAUCCCAGCACCCCGGGUGCAUUUGAGCACAUCCGAGACAUGACCCGGAAGGACGUUCACCUUGAGAACUGGCCCAAGGAUGAUAAGGUGCCACCCAGCCUCAUGGAUAGAACAAGACCCCCUCUUGUCCAUCCAGGUUUACGUGAUGUGCAUAACUACCGCAACCUGCCACAGUUCACCGGCAUCAACCUGCCCGUCAAGCAGGUGCCUGUGGGGGAACUGGCUCUGCCGGCCCCCCAUGUGCCUCACUGGGACUACCACAACAACUGCCGAUACUGAAGGGGGAAUCACAGAACUUAUUCCAACUAGAGUGAGCCAGUCCCAGUGGCUCAACCUCUUUGGAAAAACAUUUGGGAAAAACGUGGAUAAAUAAUUAGAAACUUUACAUUGACAAACCACUUUCCAGGAGGAAUUUUACGAGCUGGAUUAACAAGGUUAUAUUUGAGUCACUGUCACUCUACGGAGCAUGCAUAGCAACAUUUGGAAACCUUUGUUGCUCUGGACUCCUAUCAACAAUGCAUACCGCUUUUCGCAUUGAAGAAAAGGAAAAAUUUCCAACGGUGUGAGACUUAAGGCUUUGUUCUAGUUACAGUGCCAUUUGGUAAGUAGUGUAAAUCGGUCAAUACUGGAAAGUGGCACAUUUACAUUGCUGUAUGCACUUAUGUACAGUGAAGUGCUUAACUUGUUGACGAGACAAGAAUUAUGUACUGGCAUGAGAAUAAAUGGGCACUCUUAAAGUCACCAUCACAGGCUUGAUACUGCUGCAUAAUAUGUGUUCUAUGCCCCAUUUACACAGCAGACAUUUGGAAUAAGCAAAAAUACAAACUAAAACAACACAAAGAGUGCUGUGAUUGAACUUUACAACCCUAGCAAUUCUACAGGCCAAGGGUUAUAAGGUUAUAGGAUUGGUUACAGGAGGAACAAACUUGCUAAAUCCUUGCAGGAAAUAAAGGAUUUAAAUCAAUCUGUGACAUGUUGCCAUCUGCCAUGAAACAGAAUGCCUAUUUUGUCCAUAAAAGACAAACUGAAGUACUAGUUAAAAAGAAAAAAAAACUGCUUCUGAAUUUACCUUGCUUCAGAUCAUAAAUUUGUAAAAUAAUUGCUUUCUUGGAAGAUGUUACUUUCCCGUAUAGAUUAUUAGCUAUUGAAAAAAAUAAUUAACGGCACAUUAUCAUUUGAAUUGUACAAUAUAAUCAUUUAUUUGCUGUUUCUUUAUAGGAGCUUACGAUGCAUAAAAUUAAUUUGUUACAUCCUUCUGCAAUAAGUUUCAAUGUACACAUCAGUUUCAUGUGAGUUCAUACUUUCAGUUCACAGACUUGUGAAUAAAGGCAACACUUCUUAUAAUGUGAAAA